GCUUUUAUGUCAAACUUCAUCAUUUAUCUUAAAUUUUUUAUGCAAAAUAUUUAUUUUUUGGAACAAUUUCAUAGUUUAAGAAUAUUUUAUUGGAACAAUCUUCAUAGUUAAAAGUUAAAAAUGAAACCUUUUAAAGUUGUAGAAUGAUUUAAUCAACACUUCAGUAAAAAUUUGAAAAAAAAAAAAAAAAGAUUCAUUCAGCACAGUACCACCAUAAUCAAAUAUUCAAUCUCAAGCUAAUUUUUCUAUAUAUGAAAAAAAAAAAAAAAAGAAGAAGAAAUAAAUGCGUCCGCCAUUAUAAGAUCAAGAUAUAGCUAGUGAUUUUAGAGAGAAUAUAACAACUCAGUUUCCUUCCGUCUCUUUUUAUCUCCCUCUCCGUCUCUUCAAGAUGACCAAAGGACUACAGAUUUUUCCAGAAUCGUAUAAUUAAAGCUUUGUAGCAGACAUUUGACUGAUAUUUAUUAGCCCUUUAUUUACAAGUAUGUUAAGUAGAGGUUUAUUCUCAAUGCAUAUUUCAACUUCUUUGAAAUGCUUCUCUUCAUCAACCUCUAAUGUGCUCAAAGUUGGAGAUAUCUUGAGCUAUACCAGAAUAUUCACCAGCAAAGAUGUUUUGGAAUACUCCAAAGUGAGUCAUGACUCAAAUCCUCUGCAUUUUGAUUCCGAAUUAGCUCGGCGUGCUGGAUUCAACGGCCGUCUUGUUCACGGGAUGCUUGUUGCUUCAAUGUUCCCUCAUAUCAUUUCCUCUCAUUUUCCCGGAGCCAUCUACGUGUCACAAAGCUUGAAUUUUAAGUUGCCAGUCUAUGUGGGAGAGAACAUCGUUGGUCAGGUAGAAGCAAUCGAUUUGAGGGAGAAUAAGAAGAGAUACCUGGCAAAAUUCAUAACAAAGUGCAUGAGGAAUGGCCACGAAGUUGUUCUCGAGGGUGAGGCAAGGGCCAUCAUACCGUCUGAUUUUCAUUCCACAAACGGGUAGAAGAAGAUGUUCAAAGAUUUAAGUCUCGACCGUUCCCUUGUACUCGGGUUGGAGGGCUGUUAGCUGGCCUAAGAUGUGGUUGAAGGGAGCAGUUUGCCACUUGAAUUCAUUCAAUUUCUUCUUUACCCGCUCUGGCUGAAGGUUGUCAAGUCUGGGAAUUGGAGAUGGUUUCCUAGCCUCCAUUUUCUUUUGUUCCAUCUCUUAUUGAUAGGGAUAUGAACAAUAUCUAUUGUAUGCUGUCAUCUAGGCUUGUUUCGUUUUCAAUAAAGUUGCCAUGAGCGUUUCCAUCUUCAAACUGAUCAACUAUCAUCAAUAGAGACUAACAAAAUGAAACAGAUAAACACUUAUGUACUCACAUAAACUACAGAGGAUAAUGAAUUGAAUUUUUAUUCAAUUGUAUUGUGUUCAAUGAGACAUCCAAGCAGCAUAAAAGUGUAGUCAAAGUUUAAGAAUCAGAAGAUUCUGAUACGGUAAUAUUUCUAUUGCAUGUAAUAACUUGCUCCUUCGACAGCAUGUUCACUAAACCCUUGACUACCCUUAACUCGUAAUUUUCCCAAAAAAAGAAAAAAAAAAAAAA